UGUGGGGUUUUGGUCAGCAAGAUUGUGAUGUAUGUAUUUAUUUAAUUUAUUUAUUUAUGCAUGUUAGAAGUGUGAAAUUGGGGUGUGUCUGAGUGGGGGAAAAUGCAGACAGGCAGCCGAGCCGGUUUGUCCAGGAUCAGGAACUAUAGACUCUGAUGUGUGUGUGUGUGUGUGUGUGGUUGGGUUGGUGUGGAGACUGUGUUAAAAGUUGAGGAUCCUUUAAGACACUUGUCGUUGGAGAGGUGGGAGGUGCAGAGAGGACAGGCAGCAUAAAGUCGACCUUUGGAAUUGGACUGUCUCAGAUUAGAUUAGACCUUUUUGGAUAAGGAAGAUUCCUGGGCGAGAACUCAAAGCUAUGGACUGGGGCACGGCACUCUGGGACCAGCAUGAUGUGAUUGAGAAACACACUCAGUCAGGUCUGGACCUCAUCGAUCGUUAUGUGAAGUUCGUCAAAGAGAGAGCGGAGAUCGAGCAGAACUACGCCAAGCAGCUCAAAGCUCUUUGUAAAAAAUUCACCAGACGAGGCAGCAAAGAAGACCAGGAUAUGAACAGGUUCUCCAAUCAUCAGGCGUUUCAGGAGCUGCUGUGUGAGCUGAACGAGUGCGCAACACAGCGGGAGAGCAUGGCCGAGAACAUGAACGUGAACAUCUGCAUGGAGCUCAACAAGUACCUGCAGGAGCUCAAACUGGAGAGGAAGAGUUAUCUGAAUGAGGUGAAGAAAAUCCAACAGAACCUGGAGACCAGCUACAAACAGCUCGAGACCAGUAAGAAGCGCUUUGAAAAGGAAUGGAAGGAAGCAGAGAAAGCAAAUCUGCAAGCAGAGAAGGCAGAACAAGACCCCGCCUCCACCAAAGCAGAUGUAGACAAGGCCCGGAUCCACGCUCGUCAGCGUCUCGAUCACUCUGAUGAGUGUAAGAAUGAUUAUGCUGUGCACCUGCAGAAAUACAACAAUGAGCAGAACCGCGUCUACCACACAGAGAUUCCCACUAUAUUUAAUAAGCUGCAGCAGAUGGAGGAAGGGAGGAUCAGGAAACUGGCGGAAGGUUACGGCCUGUUGGCCGACACUGAGAGAAACACGCUGCCUUCGAUCAACCAGAGUCUGGAGAAGAUCAGCAUAUACAGCAGCAGCACAUACGAGAAACAGGAUUCACUGUCCCUCAUCGAGCAGUAUAAAUCAGGUCUGGCGCCCCCUGCUGAUGUGGAGUUUGAGGAUUAUAGUCAAGGAAUCAGACCUGCGGUUGUGGACAACACACACCACAUGCCGAAAGUCCGCAUCAAACAGCUGUUCAAAAAGAACAAGCAGGGUGGGACCGGUGACAAAAACAUGGCCCCUCCGUCAGAGGAUUUCUCCCACUUACCCUCAGAUCAGAGGAAGAAACGCCUUCAGGAGAAAGUUGAUGAACUCAAUAAGGAGCUGCAGAAAGAGACAGACCGGAGCGAGGGUCUGAAUAAGAUGAGACGUGUGUACGAGCAGAACAAUCAGCUGGGCGACCCGGCCAGUCUGGAGCCUCAGAUCAACGAAACCACACACAAUAUCAACCGACUGAGGGGGGAACUCUCCAGAUACCAGGCGUGGCUGGGUGAGGCCGGAGGGGUCUCUGUGCAAAACAGCAACCAAACCAGUCCACAUUACGUCCAGGUAAGUCCAACUUUCCAGAGUCCCCCCAAGCUGGUGCAUUCCCAGUUCCACAGCAGUUUUGAUGAAGACUUUGAUGAAGAUGUGCCCUUGGCCCAGUGCCUCGCCCUCUACAACUUUAACGGUACGAGAGAGGGGGAAGUGAGCAUGCAGGUCGGGGAGCGUCUCAGCGUGUUGGACGAGGACAUGGGAGAUGGUUGGGUGCGUGUGAAGAAGACAAACGGAGGUAUAGGAUACGUCCCUGCGUCCUACAUCCAGAUCAACUGAUCGCACACCACCCAUUUCUUCCCAGACGCACACCGUUUUCUGUACAUACGUGUUUGUAUAUACACAAAAAACCGUCGCUAUGAGGCUAAUGUACUGCAGCUAAUGUUCAUAAAAUACUGUAAAAAAGUCUGUUUAAAAGAAAUACACAAUAAUAAUAAAAUAUACACUAACCACA